GCUAAAUUGAAGUGCGACUUAACCCCAAAACUUGAGCAGUAGCCCAAAAACUAAAUCUUGCAUCCGCCAUGGAAAGAACCAUUCCGGAAUUGGAGCUCUAGUCUACACCAAUACCAGCUAUAUGAGUGCAAAUUCGCUAAUCAUGGUAUUCUGUUUUGAUGUGUUUUCGUAUUGGGUGAUUUCUCGGAAAAAGGCUUGUUCUCUUGGAUUAACAUUCACGAAGUCGAGAGGUUUUCGCUGCGAUACGGCAGCUCAAUCACCAGAACGCGCAGAAUCUAUAAAGAGUAGAGGGAUUUCAUCAUCACCAAAUACAGAGAGGACCCUUCCAAAAACCUCAAUUUCACCGAGCUCCGCAAGUCCCUAGUAGGCGACACUAGCCUUCUCCUCAAAGUUUUUACCUUUUUUUAAUUUGGAGAAAUGGGGCCUCUGAUUUCAACAUUUGUAGUUAUUAGCCGUGAGGGCACUGGAACGGAGGAGGAGGAGAAGGAUUAUUGGAAGGUCCGGUUGAAGGUUGAAGAGGCUAUGAACCUUUGUCAACUGAAUGGUAGCAUAUAUACCAUAAGAACUAUUUUUAUAGCAACAUAAGGGCAAGCAAAAGAUGUGAUGAAAGCGAACCAUAAGAAACGGCCUCCUUUAGGAAGCAAGUUUUAUUCUUUGUGAAAAAUGCUACAAAAGUGGAAACUAUGAAAAGGAAAAAUCGGCAGAUGAUUUCAAGUUAAAAGAUACUAUGAAUCUGGCAGUUGACUGGACAGAGUAGGAAACUCUACUUCUUUUAGAAUCUGCUCGAAAGCACGGAGAUGACUGGGAUCUUGUUUCUAAGAAUGUUCAGACAAAGAGUAAGCUGGAAUGCAUCUCAAAGCUUAUGCAUCUGCCAUUUGGGGAUCUUAUGCUGGGGGCUGGUCCUAGAAAAGGUGGAUUCUUGGAUUUAAUUAGUGAUGUUAGCAAUAGCAAACAAGCAGAGGUAGCUUCUAAUGAAUCACUAGAAUAUGUGAAGGCUGAGGAACCAAGCUCUGAGGUUCAGAAUAAGGAUCAGCAGAACGGAGAUGCCAACUUCUGCUGCUGGAAAUUAUAUGAUGCAACAGAGAUGCUGAUUGCGAUGCUGAUAAUGAAGAAAAGGAUAAAGGCCCUAAACAAUCAGAAUCUGCAAGGCAUAAACUUCAAAAAAAAAAGGAUGAUUUGAAACUGGAGAUACAGAUUAUUGCAAGAGAGAGAGAGAGAAUCAACCCAAGCAGAUACAGUACUUGCCAUUGGGUCCAGUGGCACAGGUAGCACUUUGAUACUUGACCUCCAAAACCUUUUUACAUGCAGCGAUGCAUUGAGGCAGUGUGCAAGGAUUGAGAUCAAUACCAAUUGCACCUUCCACACUUGUUAUUGCUAUCACCACUGCUAUCAUCAAAACCACCACCCAUUUCUUCAUCGUCCAGUGCUUCUUCCGCUUCCUCCUCUGCUGCUACCUCGACCUCUUCCGCUUCCUCCUCUUCCACCACCUUUUUCUCGCUGCAAAAUGCAAGUAUGCACCAUGACAUGCUUCAUAUUUAUAAUGACAGAUAUAAAGUGGGAAUUAUGGUAAAGUUAUUCCACGUCACCUAUUUUUUACUAGUUACAUUAAUCAAUAGUUAGUCUCCACCAACCUCUUUCCUUUUUUUGGGGAUGCACUUUAGUUAGCUUAACUAACUGACAAGAUGCUUGAUACUAAGUAAUGUUUGGUUAAAAAUACUGACUUCUGAUAUAAAAUCUUGUUUCAUUGAAUUACUAUCUCUUUUCCUGAAUAAGAUUCUACUUGCGUAGUGCUAAAUAAAGGGGGAAACAAUAUAGAACAUGCGCAUAUAUAGUAUACACACUUUUCAUAUGAUAAUGUUUUAUUAAUAAAACAUUGUUAAUAAUAUUAUUAUUAACCAGAGUAUGUUCUAUACUUCUAUAUAGUUCUCCAGUGGAACCUUUUACAGCUGCACUUAUAGUCUUAUACUCUUUAGUGAUUCGGAUUAUUGUAUCCUAAAAUUCCUCCCCGACCCCUAGAUUUUGAUAUUUUAACACUACAA